AAGUGGCGUUUAAAGGAAUUUGUAUUUAAGGGGAUGCGUUGCCGUUUACCUGUUAUUUACCAAUGACGAACGUUGAGAUAAACGCCAUGAUGAUGAAGUUUGCACUGAUUCUGUUUGCUGUCAUUGGUGCGACCAUUGCAACGCCAUUUCUCCAACUGGGUGAUGACGACGUCUUGGGUGAUAUUGACGUGGAUAUCUCGGUGAGAGGAGAGAACAAGACGUUGACGUACAAAACUCCAAACGGCAACGUCCUUGACGUCACCCACGUUUUGAAAGGCGAGGGCGUCAUCGUCAAUAUUCCCGGAGAGAAUGAAGUUUGCAACGUCAGACAACUUCAACAGACCAUCAAUGACGUGGAAGGGAGUUUGACCUGCACAGAACGAGUAGCGAUGACCGAUGAAGAGCUGUCACCGUGGCUUGCCGGGAUUUGCCGAGGAAAGGCGGUGUUUGCCGAGAAAUACGCGCCAUGUCAGCCCCGAAUUCGUCGAGAAUAUGCCUGCCGGCCAACUUGCUGGAGCUGCGGUGAAGGUACAUGCUGUGGAGUCGAAUGUUCAUGGACUUUUUAAGGGAUCCUGUGCUGAAGUUUGGAUGAGUCGGACUUACUGUCUGUCCGGUACAGCCUUGAUACAGUAUAAAGUGCCAAACUUGACCAUCAGGAUAUUUAUCGCCGUCUUUUGCAGCUUUGGAAUAUGUUCUGUGCUAAUAUUGCUUAACCCGUUUAAUACAAUUUGUUUAGGUACUUGCAAUUUUAUAUCAUUAUUGUAAUUUACUAACAACAUGACUUUAACUCCAUUAAUUAAACAUUAGAAAUGAAAUCCAAAUAUUAAAAUAUUAAUAUGAUUAUCCAUAUGCACGUUGUGUUCGCUUCUAGUCCAUAUGUCUUAUUCAUCUAUCUUAUUAUGCAUUGCUUGAAUAAAACUUAAAAAGAG